AUGCGCCGUCUACUGAGAACAGCGGCGCUGGCGCUGGCGUUCCUCCUUCUCCUAUCUCUUUGCUAUGCACAUGAGGCUGUGAAGAGGGACAAGCGACCCAACAUCGUCUUCAUCCUUGUCGACGAUCAAGAUCUCCUGCUCGACUCUUACAAGCACAUGACUACACUGCAGUCUGAGCUAAUCCAGAAGGGAGCACUGUUUAGGAAGCAUUAUGGUCAUGUGUCCCAAUGCUGCCCUGCUCGCGCCACGCUCUGGACUGGCAGACAUGCGCACAAUACUAACAUCACCAGUGUGAUCGCGGGCGUGCCUGGUGGGGCGUGGCAGCAGAUGCAGAAGAAUGGGUUGCAUGAUAAGCUGCUGCAGGUCUGGUUGAAGAAUGCCGGUUACAAAACCUAUUAUUCCGGAAAGAUCUUCAAUGGCUUCGGCAUCAAAUCAUACUGCGAUCCUGUCUGCGUAGAAGGCUGGUCCAAAGCAGACAUCCUCGUGGACCCAAGGACUUAUCUGUACUACAACUCGUCGUACGCCCAUUACGACGGCAAUGAGUGGAACAUCAACACCCGAGUACCAGGCUACAGCACUGACCAGAUUGCCGACUACGUUUCUGGCUACGUUGAGGAAGCAGCGCAAGCCGAUACUCCCUUCUUCGCGGUCGCUGCGCCAGUAGCUCCUCACAUUGCAGCUGGCGCCACAUAUCCUGGCAACCGGACGAAGCUGCCCUAUCCGGUGCCGAAGAAGGAGUACGAGAAUCUAUAUCAGGAUCUCGAACUGCCAAAGUCACCGAACUUCAAUCCGGCGAAUCGGAGUGGCGUCAACGCUGUUUGGGAGCUUGAGCGGCUUGGAGAUGGCAAUAUUUGGUAUCUUGAGGAAUUCUACAGGCGCCGCCAGCGAGCUUUAAAGUCUGUUGAUGAUAUGGUUGGCACAAUCAUACAGAAGCUUGACGAUGCUGGUGUGCUGGACAACACCUACAUAAUCUACACAAGUGACAAUGGGUACCAUCUCGGCAACCAUCGUCUUCAAGGCGGCAAGCUACAGUGUUUCGAGGAGGACGUCAACAUACCAUUCUUCAUUCGCGGGCCGGACGUUGGCAUUAAUCAGACCUGGGACCUGGUGACCGGACACAUCGACAUGGCGCCUACAAUCUUACAACUCGCUGGCAUCGAGCAAGACCCUGCCUGGCAGCUCGACGGCACAGCCAUCUCGUUCCCAAUCCGAGACCAAUUCGACUACAUCCGCAACCUCGAACUCCGCGGCGACUCCUCGCACCUAGAGUUCUGGGGCCCCUUCAGGCAAGAAGGCAUGUUCAAUAAAGUCAACGUCGACAACAACCGCAACUUGAACAUCUACAAAGCCCUGCGCCUUCAGGGCGACGGGUAUAACCUCAUGUACUCCGUCUGGUGCACCAACGAAGCCCACGAGCUGUAUGAUAUGAGCUGGGAUGCCUACCAGAUGACGAACCUCCACCCUUCUGCUCCCGCGGAGAAUGGAUCGAUGAAUGCUUUUGAGAGGGGCAUGGACACCCUCCUCGGCCGUCCUACGGAGCGGGUCCUGCAUCGUCUGGACGCUCUUGUGCUUGUGCAGAAAACGUGCGUCGCUGAAGUCUGCCGGGAACCGUGGAAGCAGCUUCAUCCCGAGAUCAAGACGUUGAAAGAUGCGCUGCACGAAGGCUAUGAUGAUCUCUUCGCGAGGUCGUAUCGGGAGGCGAAGGUUGGUUGGAAGCAGUGCUAUAAUGGGCUGAAUAGGUAUAAUUCUUCGACGCUGUAUGAUUUGGAUAAUGAGCAGCCGAUUUGGAUAAACGAGACGGUGAGGGCGAUGGUGAAGAGGAGUGCUGGGGUGGUCGAGGGACCGCGGGUUGGGGUGGUGGUGUUGGCGUGGCUUGGGUUGUUUUUGGCGGGUUCUCUGGUCUAG